AUGUCUGUCAGUAAAUCCCUAAGGAGAGAAUACUGGACGAAGGAAGAGGACAAGGCUCUCCGUAAACUUCAUCAUGAACUAGGUCCUGUGUGGAUUAAAAUAUCAAUAAAUAUGGUUACUAAAACACCAAAACAAUGUUACGAACGGUGGAACAAUGCGACACGCCCUGGAAUCAAUAGCGAUCCUCUUAACGACGAGGAACGGGCCAUGAUUGAUCUUUUGUAUUGCGAUUAUGGGCCUAAAUGGAGUGUAAUUGCUUCACAUAUUCCCGGGCGUACCGCUCGAAUCCAGUUUCUACGCAUCCCGUCUCUUUCUCUUACCCGUUCUUUUCACAAUUCUUCCCCCAGAUAUGUCAUAAAACCAAAAUUCAAAAUACCGAUAUCGCCUGAUCCGCCAGUCCGAGACAGCAUACCUGCUGGAAUGCACGCGCUUGGUGCCAGGUUAAAUUUGAAAUUCUCGAAUCAAAAGAUCCUGCUACAGGCUCUAACGGAUAGGACGUAUGUGGAUACUGAUUUGCCUUCAAAUGAAGGUUUUCAGGUAUUGGGCAAUAAUGCUUUCGGUCUGUAUGUUACUGAAUACCUCCAUGUGAAAUAUCCCCGACUUCCACUCCCGAUAUUGGAAGAGAUAUUGACAAUGUACUGUGGGCAUACGACAUUGAGUACUUUCGGACGAGAAGUCGGAGUAGACCGUCAGGUCAGAUGGCAAAAGGUGACUGACGAAGCAUUAGCAACUCAAUCUGCAAAUGGGAAUGAGAAGCGAUGGGUUCCUGAGAGUAAUACGCCGCGUGGUAUCGGAAAGGUGACUGCUGAUGCUGUCGGUGCAAUUGUCGGGGCGUUGUAUUUUGAUCAGGGCCCGGCUGCAGCAAAAAGUUUUAUUCAUGAUCAAUUUCUGUCGCGUGACGUGAAUGUUGGUGCAAUAUUCGAGAGGCACAUUGUGAAUCCUAAACGGGACUUAUCCUAUUUAAUGAGAAGACAUUCACAGGAGCCGCCUAUUUCGAGGUUGACGGCAGAAACUGGCCGGCUGUCAAAGUCACCGACAUUUAUCGUUAGCGUCUAUUCAGGAACGAAAAAAUUAGGAGAAGGAUUUGGAAGUUCUCUUGAUAUGGCAGAAUUUAGGGCUGCUAGAGACGCGUUGAAAAAACACUAUUUAAAGGAGACCAAAGACUUCCAAUUACCAUCAAUCGUAGAUAAAGAAAACGUUGUGUACGUGCCAACCGAGAUUGAAGACACGCCUGCUAUCGUAUAA